UUCACAACAACCAGUCCGUGGUCUCUUUUCGAAAAAAGUAGACUGAUCGGUGAGUUAGUUGCAGUAACUCAGCCAGUAUCAUCCACUCUCAUGGAAUCUCCUUCUCUUCAACUUCUCCAAGAAUGGCACAACCAGGUCAAAUUUCAGUUUCUUCUAGGGAUUAUUCCGCUUCUGCAUCUUCUUCUUCUUCGAAUCACGCUUCUUUUCCAGUUCACGAAGAAGAUAAUCAACGGUUUCGUCAACCUGAGUUUAGACAGCCAGAGAUAGAGUAUCUCCAACACCAAUACAUUGAGCUUUCCUACCGUGGAAAUUAUUUUGGGUUUGAUGAUUUAUCUGCUAUCAGAGAUUGCUCGUGGUUUUGUGUCGUCGUGGUUCUCACAUUGUGCUUCUUUGUGUCCAUGACUUUGAUUUUGGGGGUUUAUGGUUCAACGAGGCUAACCCUAGGACCGAAAUGCUCGAUUCUUUUACCACCUAAUCCCUUAUUUGUGCAGUCUAUAAAGGUGGAACAGUUGUAUGAUACUAAUCCGGGGCUGAUGCUAUAUGGUUUUUCUAAACCUCCUCCACUUGAUGUUGUACGGACCUGGUCUAGAACUCUUGAUGUCUCUGUUCCUGCCUAUUCUCACAAGGACUCCGUAUAUUUUCUGAAUGAGGGAUCUCAAAUAAAUAUCUCAUACAGGGUGAACUCCCCGAGCUCUUCUGUUUUCCUUGUAAUUGCACAAGGGAAUGAAGGCCUUUCUCAAUGGCUUGAGGAUCCAACUUAUCCAAACACCAGUUUAUCAUGGAAUGUCAUUCAAGGAAGUGGUUUUGUCCAACAGAGUAUAUUGACCUCUGCAAGCUACUAUAUUGCAGUGGGUAACUUGAACUCAGGGAAAGUAGAGGUUCAGUUAGCCAUCAGAGUAACAUCUUUCCAAUACAAUACAACCAAAGCUUACUACAAAUGUGCAUUUACUGACGGCAAGUGUAGUUUGAACAUUAUGUUUCAUAAUGGAAAUGUUGCUGUCUUAAACUCUUUCGGUCCAGAACAGGGUUCAGAAAGUGAUGAGUGGAACGUCAAAGUCUCCUAUGUACCAAGAUGGGCCACAUAUAUUGUCGGCAUAGGUGGAAUGACAGUUCUCAUACUAGCGGCACUCAACUUCUUGAACAAGUUUCAAUGCAUUCGUGAAGAUGGAACCAGACUUCUGUUUGGAGAGGUUGAAGCUCAGAGAGCCCCCUUGCUUUCAUGUAAAGAUGAUGACCUUUCAAGUUGGGGCUCAUCUUAUGAUUCUGUCUCAAACGAUGAGGAGGAUCUUGAAGAUUUUCUUGCGGCUGGUUCCAUCGAAGGGAAAUCAAGAGAUGGUGAAAAUGGCAAUAAUACCCAUCGUCUUUGUGCAAUUUGCUUUGAUGCUCCAAGGGAAUGUUUCUUCCUCCCAUGUGGGCACUGUGUUGCUUGUUUUGCAUGUGGAACAAGGAUAGCAGAAGCUGAUGGUACUUGCCCUAUAUGUCGCAGGAAUUUGAAGAAGGUGAGGAAGAUUUUUACAGUUUAAGCAACAUGAAGCUAUAUUCUCAACACCUUGUAGAUCCGGUAAUAACUUGCAACAUGUAUUAGUUGCAUCUACACCAUUGCUUGCUUUCAUGCCCAUGAAUACUAUUUGAUGGUAUCGCAUUUGAUUUAAGGUGGAAGACUGUUUUGACCCUUCCGCCAUGUAACAUUCAUGGUCUCUUUGUAUAGGCGUAGAAUACAUGUUAGCCAGGACCCAUGAUCCAUAGGUUUAAUGCACUAUGUUAUCUUCUGUUUUUCCAUAUUUGG